AUGGAUCAAUGUUUGAAUGUGGAUGUUGAUGAGGAACUGGUUGAGGGAUAUGCGGGAAUCACUUUGCUAGACGAGGACGACGUCUUGGUUCUGGUCACCGACACAGCUGCGACAUGUGGGGUGGGGGAGCCGAGAUCCUGGGUUCUCGUUGGCCGAUUCUUGACACGCCGGAUGGUGAAUAUUGAGUUCAUGCAGCAGGUUAUGGCGGAGGUAUGGCAGCCUGUGAGCGGGGUGCAGGUAUCGGAACUGCAGCCCAAUCUUUUUAUGUUUGUGUUUUAUCAUCAGACGGACAUGCAAAGGGUAAUUGACGAAGGGCCAUGGUCGUUUGAUAACCAUACGUUGGUUUGUCGGCCGGUGAUGGAGGGUGUGCUGCUGGUGGAUGUGGUGCUUGAUAGUGUAGACAUGUGGGUUCAGGUUCAUGGCCUACCGAUGGGUUAUACGUCUGUGGUGAUUCAGGAGCAGGUUGGAAAUUUCUUGGGCAGGUUUGUGAAGGCGGAUGAGCGUUUUGACGAUCGGCCGUGGAAGGCGUUUUAUCGGAUACGGGUUAGUAUUCUGGUAGCCAAACUGUUGUGUCGAUGUAUGAAGUUUGCAAAGCGGGAUAACACAUGGUGUUGGGUGAGUUUCAAGUAUGAGAGGCUCCAUACUUUCUAUUUUUUCUGUGGCUUGUUGGGCCAUUCAUACAAGUUUUGCCUGCAAGCAAGGAACUCGAUGCUUACGGUGGACCAGUACCCAUAUAGUGCAGAGAUGAAGGCGGGAAUGCUGCGUGGGCCGAGGCCAGUUGGUCAUUCUUGGCUUGUACCGGUUGGGGAGAAGAGGGAGGAGGGUGAGGCUAGUGUGGGGGGUAGGAACAAUUCGGGUGUGGUACCCGUUGGACUGCCGGUGGUGGAGGAAGGGUUGACUGUGAGGCCUAAGCGGAGGAGGGAAGAUGGGCGGGAUGGUGAGGGUGUUGGGGUGAGUAGGGGUGUGGAUGUGACAAUGUCAGAUGUCUUAAAAAACUUGUUGUUAGCGGGUUCUGGUUCUCAGACCCGCCCGUCAUUAUGA